GAGUCAGCCAUCAACUGACCUAGCUAGUCAACAUGUCCAGUGCCUACAAACUUAUGGGAAGUCUAGGGGCCGAAGUCUCCCUUGCAACUGGUGUUGCAACAGCAUUGGAUGAUGAAACAUUUCAUGAUGUGACAUUGGUAGCCAGUGAUGGCGUCGAGGUGCCUGCAAAUCGAGUGUUACUCGCAGUCCGAAGCAAGGUGUUCAAGGCUAUGUUGAUGGGAGGCUUCUCUGAGGCUACAAGUCCAUCUAUUCAGGUAAAUUUUCCUGGAGCAGUUGUCAACACAGUUGUUGAGUAUAUCUACACCAGCAAAGCCAAGCUUCUUACAGAACUCAACCCAGACAAUGUGGAGAAAAAUGGUGACAUCUCAGAGCCCGGUCAGGAGGAAUUCCAGAUGCUUGUCUCCUUGACAGCAGCUGCAGCCUACUACAACCUUCCAACACUAUGUGACAAAGUCAAUAGCAUCAUGGAUACGUUCGUCCAAAAGUUCCCAUCCUUGUCUUUUGCUGUGCUGGAGGCAUGUGCUCAGGAACACCCUGCUAUAUCUGACAAUCUGCUUGAGAUGGCCUUGUCCAACAUCCGACAGAACAAGUAUGAGACAUUGAAUGAAGGACUUCUGUGUGCAUUGAGUUCCUCUGUCCUGGCAGUCAUCCUCGGUGAUGAAAAGUCCGUGGCACCAGAGAACAAGCGCUUUGCAAUGGUUCAAAUUUGGUCAAAGGGUGCUUCUGGUGGUAAAGAGAAUAGGCAAGACCUUGCCAAAGAAUUGGUGAAAGACCACCUGAAACUACAUUGGAUUUGUCCUUGUGUAUUGGCCAACUCGGUUGCUGCAUCUGGGCUUGUAGACAUUGAGCACCUGGCAGAAGCCUACAAGCAGCAAGCAAUGAUGGCAAAGCACCAGUAUGGGGAGCAUUUUGAGCAAGCUAUGAAAGGAAAACAGAAGUAUGGGGAGAAUUUUGAGCCGCUGCGUUUUGAUAAUUCAGUCUGGAGUGGAAGUAACUCAAUUACUUUCUGGGGGGCUGCUCGUUGGCAAAGUGGCAAACUGACAUGUCCUCCUCUUGCCAAUGGGUUCACAUACAAGUGGACCAUUGAUACAACUGGUGUCAGUGCUGCCGACCAUAUCAUGAUUGGUGUAGCCAAAUGUUCUGCAACACUUAACAACAACACUUUUUGUGGGCGUCAGAGUUCAUGCUGGAUGGUGUAUGGACGUGAUGGAGUUGCCUGGUACUCUGGAGGGGAGAAAGAGUACAUUGGAAAUGGUGCAAUAUUUGGAAAUGGGUCCCGUGUCAACAUUACACUUGAUCUUUCUCCCAAUGAGACCAACAAUGGCAGUUUCUCCAUUUCUGUGAAUGGUGCUGCUUCUGUUAUUAUCACUCGCAACAUGAAGGUCCACACCAACACUGAUGGGUAUGUUCCAAUGGUAUCAUGCGAAGGUGCAACCAGUGCAAAGAUCCUCCACAUUGAGCAGGUUCUGUGA